AUGCAAGUUUUAGAUGAUAUUCCCUCCAACGUUCUUCACAAGUAUGAUCCACAUGAUGGUUCACUUGCCAGAAGAGGCAUUGCUUGCUGGUCCUAUGAACUAUCGUUGGAUGUAUCCAAUAGAAAGGCUUCUCGGAGAGCUGAAAAAUACUGUUCGCAACAGGACGAAGCCCGGAUGAUCAAUUAUAGAGGCUUGGAUGUGGAGAUGGCUUUCAAUCGACCUCAGCACAAUACUGAUGGAGGUGUGAGAAAUAAGAAACUUUCUGUUUUCGCCCAAAGCGCACGACCCUUUGGAGAUCCUGCACGAGGAGAGUCGUUUUCCAGAAAUGACAUGGAGAUAGCACAUUAG